ACUGUUUUUUGUCUUUUCAUUUAAUAUUAAUUAAUUAAAAAAUGCCAAGUAAGACUGCAAUCCAGUGUAAACACUAUAUAGAUUUUUCUCUUCCUUUUGCUAACAGGUUCAUGCCAGAACAUAAGCUUGCCCAUUUGGAAAACAUAAUUGGUGUUAAAAGAAAUGGAGAUUCUUAUCAACAUGAGGGCCUGCCUGGGCAGCAGAAGAGCAGAGCUUUGGGAGGUUUAAUGAAAAACAGCAACGCGUGUCAUGAGUCUGGACUUUGUGAAGCACAGCCUGGACUUUGUACCACACAGCAUGAGGAACUGCAUUCCCCAUUAACAGCAGCAGAGAAACUGAACAAGUCUGAAGCAUCAGAAAGUACAAAUCCUUGUCAAGAAGAAGAUAAGCAACAUGUGACUUUUAACCUUUGUAAUAUCUGGAGUGGAAUGGACUAUCAGCAGAGACCUUUACAUGUUGCCUGGCCUCACAGGUGGGAACAUGACAAAGAUCCUGAAACUUUCUUUAAAGUGUUGCUGAAACUGAAGGAGCAAGAGCUACCUUUUCACGUGUCCGUCCUUGGGGAGACUUUCACUGAUGUUCCAGAUAUAUUUGCAGAGGCCAAAAAAGCUUUGGGAUCUUCUGUCUUGCACUGGGGGUACUUACCCAGCAAAGAUGACUAUUUCCAAGCACUGUGCAUGGCCGAUGUUGUCGUCUCAACAGCUAAACACGAAUUCUUUGGAGUGGCAAUAACAUCACCUUGGUGGGUGGUCAUCAUCUCUUCUUGCUCCAAAGCUGUACCUUCUUGACACCACACUUGAUGCUGGAUGCCUGCCCAAACACCAAACUUCUGUUAUUGUUGAGUGUGAAGGAAAUCAGAACUGCAAGAAUCAGCAAAAGACAAAGGCAGACCAGCAGUGUGACUCCAGCAGCCCAGUACAUUAUGGUUACAUUCCAUGCUAGUUAAGUCACUAUGGUAAAAUGCUUGGCAGGAUUUUUUUUCGAUAGUUUAUUCAUUAUGUUCAUUAUUAUGAGCUGUAAAGACUAUGAGAAUUUCAUUUUUUAAAUGUCUUAUGGAAUGUAUCACUUUCUUAGAUCUUGUAGACAUGCUGUGGAAACCAUAACAUAAAAUAUGAGUUACUUACAAUAACUAAUUUUAAUCCCAUCUGCUAAGUAUGACAACAUUAGCAUUUCCACUUAAUUAAAAACACCCUUAAAGCAGCAAUGUUUUAAUCACUCCAUUUUAUUUACUCUCCUCCGGUGUCACUUAUAAUUGUAACUUUUUAUUUUUUAAUAAUGAGGGAUUUUUUUUUCUCUGUGCAUCACACAAAAAAGUGCUGUCGAUAAUUAGCAGUCUUCUGUUAUUACUAGACUCAGGUGUCACAACUGUGUCUCAUCCUCAUUACAGUAAAAAAUUUCACCUAUCAGAUUCAUUAUUGCUAGAUAAUGCGGCUGAGAGCCUUAGCAGGCCCUCCAGAAAAGUAAUUCAGCCAGGCAAAAUUAUCAGCUAAUUAUAUUUAGAAUCAAAAGCCCAACAACUAUUUGCAGAUAAAUUGUAUGAAUUGAAGUGAAUAGAUCUGAAUAUUAAGAUUCAUAGAUUUAGCAGAUGAUUUGUUAAUUGGAAUAAAAAGGUCAUUUACUAGCCAUUUUAACAAUAGAUCAAUUGGAACUCUGUUUAUGAUUUAACUAGGAGCGCUGAAGGAUUGAAAUGAAGAAGCGUUGUGUGGUUGUUGUGAUGUGAUACUUCUCAGGAACAAGGCAGGGAGGUGUGGAGGCGAGGAAGCUUCCCAGUCCCUGCUCAGCUUCAGCCUGCCUCUGCUCCCGUGACAUCCUUAGGUCUGGGCAAUAAGGGGAUGCUCACAGAAGGAAUUACUGCACCGCAGGACGAGCUGUCAGGGAACGCAUGCAGGCUUGGGUGUAGAAAGGUAGGCAGUCCGCAGGUAGGAUUAGCUGGAAAGGAAAGAAUUGCAGAGUUUAACUUGUAGUCGGUGUGCUCCAGAAGCACUGAGUUCGGAUUUGACUAAUUUGUGAUCCUGAUGGAGGUUUCUUGUACGGGGAAGCUGUGUGCACAAGCGAUGACUCAGACUGCAUCUUGGCCUGCAGUUUUGUUGGAGGGAGCUGCUCUUUUUUUUUUCUCGUGCAGGCGAUACGAAUAAAAAGCAAAUAUUUUAACAUAACUUAGUGAUCCGAGCUAUUACUGAAAUGUCCACAGUUUCGCUCUUUUUUUUUUUUUUCCCUUAGAUUAAAGAAAACUUUAAAAAUCUAUUUGCUUUGACAUAUGACACAAUAUUUAAGAACUGAAAUCAUCAAUUAAAUCACACAUCAGAAACAUUUCCGUUUGGUAAAAAAAAAAUAUAGUGCUAGACGAUGUACACUUUGAAAUUGUUGUUAAUGUUUAAAAUGCAAUCUGAAGUGCAUAUGUUAUUUAAAAAAAAAAGCCACAUAAAUUACAAAAUUUAAAAGUUUAUGUAAAAACUAGCAAGCAUUGCUUAGCAAAAGCAUUUGCAGGGGGAUAUAUCUUUGGGUUCUGGGGAUAUGCGCAGUUUUCUAGCAUGAGGGCUGCUUGUGAUAUUCCCUAUCUAAUUUUUUGACCCCUUAAAACGGAUUUGAGCUAAAGGAAGCAGGGUUUGGUGUGCACUGGCCUGAGUGUCUGUAAUAAAGCCAGCGUGCACAUGAAUGCAGCAAAAGCUUUUUGUGUUGUUCCUGAGAAUGAAAGGUGAACGCUGACAAAAUUUCAGAUCUUGGGAAACCGAGGGAAAGUGAAGCUAAAAAUAAAGUCCUCGUAUGGUCAACAUGUUGGAGGAAAUUCAAAGCCUCUCAUCAAAUAAACAUAUUUAAAGAAGUGUUUUGAAUUUCGGUGUGUAAUUUCUGGCCAACAGAAAUUACGGUUGUAUCUUUAGGGGGACAUUAUGUCACAUCAGCGGUCAUUCUGCAAAAAAAAUAAACUGCAAACUUGAUGCCUUAACCCAUUCUGCUAUUAAAAUGCAGGCAGGAACGGGAUAGCUUUUCUUAGAGUCACUGCUAGGAAACUUUGUGCCAUUGUGUCGCACUUCCAAAAUAUUUGGGCUCGAUGUUAUGGCAGAUACAUAAAUCAGCCCUAGAAAAAAAACAAAACCUCAAAGCAUCACAGGAGGACCUUGGUAUUUAUUACAAAAAGUUUGCGUCCUGAUAAAGAAAGGGAGUGAGCAUGAAGCUCAUGCUAGCACUGGAAUAUCCCAACCCAAAGCGUGCUGCGUGUUGUUCCUGGGGCCAUUUCAUUGCAGCCUUUGGAUCCCAGUGUGCAACAGGAGCAUCUCUGUGGCUACACACCAUAGACACGUGCACGUAUGCCCUCGUUUCUCUGCAGCAUUAUUAAGAGAAGCCGUCCAUACUUCACCAUGUUGUUACAUGUGUCUGUCUGCUGAUUAUAAAAUGUGUUAAGCAGUAUUUAAAAAACAAAAAAUGCAGAGCUGCGCUUUGAUUUAUUCAGCGAACAAAACAUAUGCUCACUGUUCUGUUCUAUGUAAUUCAUAUGAUCAAUAAAAUUUUCUUUCAAAAGAGCAACUUUGGCAUUUAGAAGGAUUCUGCUGCUGAGCAGGAAAAUGUUUUACUCGUGCUACGUGCAGUCAACCUCUGUGGUCCUGCACCAAAGGAAGUUUUUGGCUCGCUGAUACCGUGCUCAUCUUUUGAUUGCUUUGAAC